AACAAAGAAGACUCCUCGUUGCUAAACAACAAUGCCUUAGCUUAAACAUUGUUAACUUUGGUGCUAAUACGAGGACGAGGGCAUCUGGAGGGAUCCAAACAUCCCAAAAAGAGGCAUCUUUUUCGUGUUCCUUUUCUUUCUUCUUCAUCGCUUUCUUCUUCUUCUCCUCCUUCUCUCCCUUGUUGCUACGCGGUGAGGGAUUUUGCGCUUUGGCCGCAUUUGCGCGCAAAGAGAAGCGACCACGCGAUCGAUCAAUCCAUCUUUUUGCCUUUUUGUUCUUCCUUUUUUUUUUGUGUGUGUUCUUGAGGGGGCGAUUUGGACGUCGUGCUUACUGCUACUGGGCUGCUACUGCUGCUGCUGGGGUGCUGAUGGAACUGCUUUGUUAAAUCCAUCCCCGGUUUGUACUCUUGUUUUGGCGUGAUUCCGAGCGAGACGAUCGAAAACCCCUCGUUUGUGUGCUUGCAUUGCGUAGAUAUUUGCUUGCAAUAGUGUCGAAGCUUUGGUGUGUCCCUGUUCCUGGGAUGGGAUGCCUCGUUUUCUAGAACUUGGAAAUCUUUGAGUAGUUGUGCUUCUCUUGCCCCAUUUUUCUUUUCCUUUCUUCUUCCUCCUUCGCUAAACAAUCAAAUCGCGCCGGUAGUGACGACCACUGUUGAUCUGCAGGCCUUUGGUUUGCUGGAGAAGCAACGCCAGCGGCGGCGCAAGUGGAUCGCCGCACAAGUAAUCAAUCAAAUCGCUCGCAACGAGUGAAGAAGAACAAACUCACACACGCUCCACCUCGACCACACCACUCCAAGCAAAAAGGGAUCUUGCGCGCUGGAUUUCUAGAUGCGGGCCGGGAAGAAGAAGAAGCUUGGACUGCUGCUAGUGGAGCAAAUCCUCCUGGCGUGGCUGGAUCCUUGGGCGAGAUGAUGACGAAGAACAGCGAGAUGGAACAGCCCAAGUGACAGCGAUCGAUCAAAUCAAUCCCCAUCUCUCUUGGGUCUUCUCCCGGGAGCUCUAGAUAUGGCCGGCGUACCAGGGGAGAAGAGCGAUAGGUAGACCAAAGCGCUGUAGAAGCAGGGAGGAGGUAUAGGCCCCUAGUAGCUCUGCCGGACAGAGGAAAGAUGCUUGGAAGUGCCCAUCGGGUGGGAGAGCUCGAUCACCACCAUCUCCAUCACUACUACCAGCAGCUCGGAGCUCUCAACAAUCACUACCUGCGCGGCGGCGGCCACCAGGAGCUCCACCUCCAUCGCAAGCUCGAAGAUCACCACCACCAGCACCACCACUUCAAUCUUCUCGGCGGAGCUCCAUUCUCCGCAGCAAGCGGGAGCCUGUAUGGUGGUGGCGCUGCCGUGGAGCCAACCUCCGUGCUGGAUCUGUGGAGCCCGAGCCCGAGCUCCAAAGGUGGCGGCUGCUGCUCUGGACUAUCCUCCUCGGGGGGUCUCAACGAUCACGCCGCCGCCAGGCUCGCCGCCACCACCGCCGCCGCCGCUGGGCACCACGGAUCGCCCUCUUCCUUCGAUGAUAACCGGAGCAACACGAGCGAGAAGAGCGUGGAGGCGGCGCGGAGGUUUCUGGACCAGGAGGAGGAGGAGCAGCGGCGGAAGAACAGCAAGAGCGCCAAGAACACCGCCGUGAGUAGCAGGCUCGUGGUAGCGGCGGCGGCGGGGGGAUGGAAGAGCGGCGAAGAGGAGGAGGAAGCGGCGGCGAGGAGGUCGAGAGACAAGAGCUUGGACGAAUGGCUGGCGGAUCUCCAGCAGCAGAAGCUCCACAUCCCGCCGGCGGCGGAGGAGGAGCUGGAGCUCACGAGCAACAACAGGGGAGUGUUCUUCCAGUCGCCGCCAGCGUGCUCGUCGUCCAACACCGGGAGCCACAGGCCGGGAGAGAUCGAGGUGGAAAUCUUCCCUCCGCCACCACCGCCACCGCCACCGAUCGAUCAAGUCCACGCCCAGCAGCAGUAUGGAAUGGAGGAACUCGAGAGGAUGCUCCUCUCGCCUUCCUCCGGGGGAAUGGGAGGAGCCGCCGCUGCCGCGAAUCAGCACCACCAGCAGCUCGCGAAGUGGCUCCUGGGCGAUGCCGCGCAACAGGAUCAUCACUUCUUCCCAGCGAUCCCGGCAAAGGAGGAGGAGCCGUUGUUCUUCCCGCAAGCAUCGGCCCCCAAUCCAUCGCUCGCAUUUCCCGCGUCCCGGCAUUUGCCGCUGGCGAUCCAGCCGCAGCCAUCGCUCCUCUCCCCUCCGCGGCCGAGGAUCAUCCAGCAGCACCAAGACGUCGGCCUGGAGCAGCUCUUCCACCCCGUGGAUCCGCCCCAUUUCGCAGCAAAUCCCGGGCCGGGGCACGAGCUCCGAUCGAUCGAUCGGUCGCCUAGCAGGAAUUUCCAGGCGCAGCAGCAGCAGGGGCUGGAAUCCCCGGGAUGGGAGCUAGAUCGCAAGAGGAAGGAGCACUACCCCGAAAUUCCCGAUCUUUCUUCCAAGAACCGGGCACCCUACAGCUCCUCGGCAUUCGCAGUGCCGCUGGCAGUGGAAUCUCGCUCGAUCUCGCCAUGGCAGCAGCAGCAGCGGCAAGAAUUCCAAGAACACCACCGGGAUCUCCCGCCAAACCCUAAGCUCCAGUGCGUGCGCGGCGGCGGGGACGAUCGCCAUCGCCAUGGCCGCGGCGGCAGCGGCAGCGGCAGCGGCAACGGCAGGGAUCCCAGCGCCAUCGCAUUUGGAUCGGGAUUUGGCAGCGGCGCCCCUGUGGCGGCGAGCUCCAAUCCAGGCGGAGGAGGCGCAGGGGCAGGGAUUCCAAGCGUACUAUCGGUGCCGGAUGAGGGGCUGGGGCUCAUGGAUCAGCUCCUCCAUCUCGCACAGGCCAUCGACGUUGGGAGCAAUCACGUUGCUCAGUCGAUAUUGGCGCGGCUCAAUCAGCAUUUGUUCUGUCACCAGGGCAAACGCAUCCAGCGUUUGGCCUUCUACUUCAAGGAGGCCCUCGCAGCGCGGAUGAUCGAUCAUCAUCCCGCCACCACCACCACCACGACCACCACCUCCGCCACCACCACCACCGCCACUCCGGCGGAGAUUUUCGCCAAGGUCAGGGCCUACACCAGCUUCUGCGAGAUCUCCCCGCUCCUCCGCUUCGCCUAUCUAUCCGCCAACCAGGCGAUCCUCGAGGCGAUCCAGGGCGAGGCCAGCGUCCACAUUGUGGAUUUCGACCCCGGGUUUGGCAGCCAGUGGGCGGCGCUACUGGAGGAUGUCGCAAGAACGCCGGCGGCGCUGCCACAGCCCCGGUUGCGGCUGACGCUAGUGGGGCCGGACCCGGCGCGGCUGGGGUUCGUGGUGGAGAGCCUCCGGGAGUUCGCGGGGGAGCUCCAGUUGCGGCAUACGCCUCAGUUUGGGCUGGUCCAGUGCGCCUCAGCCGGGGAGAUGACGGCGCCGCUGCUGGGGCUGACUGACGGGGAGCCGGUGGUGGUCAACUUUAUGUUCAGCCUCCACCGGUCGCUUGGGGCGCGGGGCGGUACGGACGCGGCCGUCAGCGCCGUCAUGACGGCGUCGCCCCGGCUGGUCACCAUCGCGGAGGAGGAGGUGGACGACAAUGACGGCAAAUUCCAGCGGAGGUUCGUGGAGACGCUGCAGUACUACGCGUUUGUGCUGGACUCGCUGGGGCCCGAGGACGGCGCGGGGGUGCUCACCGUGGAGAAGGAUAUUCUGUCGCCCGGGAUCGCUAACGCCGUCAGCCUGGAGGGCGCUCGGCGUACCGAGAGGCACGAGAGGCUGGCGCAGUGGAGGGCCCGGUUGGGGCGCGGGGGCCUGGAACCGGUCCCCAUGGGCGAGGCGGCGAGAAUGCAGGCCGAGUGCUUGAUCAAGGGCCACUCCCACGGGAAGAACUUUGAGGUUUGCCGGGACGAGGGAGGGCUGCUCUUGGGGUGGCAGGGAAAGCCUUUGGUCGCGGUUUCGUCGUGGACUCCCGCGAGUUCUUCCUCGGCGGUGGAAGGAUCGAACAACAUCAACAACAGCUUGAUCAACAAUUCGAUCAUCAUCAGUUCCAGCGUUUCGAAUUCCAACAUCGCCAACAACAACAACAACAAGUGCUGAUUGGUAUCAAACAUCAUCACCACCAAAGUUUCCAGGUUCAAAGUUUUCUUCGAAGUUCCUUCCAACUUUUUUGGUGGCUCAGCUGUCUCUUUUUUUCGUUCUUUUCGUUUUCCUUGUUUUCCUUGUUUUCCUUGUUUUGUUGUUUUGCUUUUGACACUGCAGCACAGCAGCAGCAGCUCUCUGUUUUUGCUGUUUCCUGCUGUGGAAGCUCCAGCAAAAAAAAAAAAGCGCAAAAAGAGUUUCUUCUUUUCCAGCAAUACAUUUUAUGUGUAGAGUAGUUUAUCCGUGCUACGGUCUCUUUCUAAGAAACUAACGAAAGAAACUUGGCAG